UGUGUUGGCAACGAACAUAUGGAAAUUGACAAAAACCAGAAAUUGUUUUAUGCAAAAGUAUAAAAUGAUAAUAUUAAAAAAUAUUCAAAAAUCCAAUGGCAAAUUCGUUUUUUGAUUUUGACGCUUCGUUAAAAGGAGGCUUAGGCUUGAGGAAGGGCGCAAGUAUUCUACCAGACGACGACGACGAUGAUUGCUAUGAUAAUGAAGAAGAAUAUGAUGCAUUAAAUGAUGAGACUUUCGGUGCAUGUGAUCCUUCCGAUGAUUGGGAGCAACAGCAUGAACAGUUUGCUGAAUUCCAAGAGAGUUCCAAGCAUUCUGAACACAUUGAAAACUCAAUAUCGCAGUUAGUUUUGAACGAUUCAUCAUCUGAUGAUGAGAAGAGUAUUGAACCUUUAUCUUUUCCAUCAAACUCUUCGGUUUGGGCGUACACACCCACCCAUAAAAAUGGUGAUAUAUUCAACUCUACUUCUGUACUUUCAUCGCUGCAGAAAGCUUCCAAGUCAUUUAUUGAGUCACACACCGACAAUGCGCCUCUUUUAAAUGUAAAUAAUGCUCUCCCUGGGAAAAUAUGUACUGUCGAGGAGUUAGAAAAAAACUUAUUAAAAAAUUCACAAACAGCAAAUGUUUAUCGUCAAUCUCCUCAACAUGUUCAACAAGCACAAUUUCAGCAACCAAGACCCAUGUUACCAAUGCCACAACAUCCUCCUCCAUACCAUCCAAUGCUACAGCAUCCCAAUGCCAGAUUACCACCUCCGAUGAAUAUGCCACCACCAGGUAUGAGGCAUCUACCGCCACAUCCUCUUAUGGGUACUGCACUGAGAAUGAUACCUCCACAUCUUCCUCCUCAUCCGCACAUGAUGCCUCCAAACGGUACUCCCAGACCUCCAGGAUUUUUAUAUCCUUUACCGGUUAACCAUCGUUUUGGUUUUCCACCUCCACCUUAUAACCCGGGGCCUGUAGGGCCGAACCAAAGUAAAGGCGUACCUCCCAGGGGACCAUAUCCUAACAACAUGCAAGUUAUGCAACCACCUCCGCAACAACAACCACCACAACAACAGUUCUCACCCCAGCGUCAGCAACAGCAUCGUGUAAGACAAGACAGUGGAAAUUUCAGAGGGAACUUUAGAGAACAAGAAGGUUACAACAGAGAUGAAUACGCUGGUCUUAUGACGGCAAAAGAUAAACAAUGGUUGUUAAAUAUUCAGUUGCUGCAACUGAAUACUGGAACACCAUAUUUUGAUGAUUAUUAUUAUACCAUAUAUAAAGAGAGACAAUCUAGAAGCAACAAAGAGAAUAAUCAGCAUUAUAACGAGAGGGAGCGAAAUGGAAGAUUCCAAAAUAAUAGUGGAAGACAGAGAAGGAAUAGUGACAGACAAGAAAAUACUUUGACCCCUAGAGUUUAUACACCUUUGCAGUUUGAAAAUUCAUUAGGGAAACUACAGUGUGGUUCAGUAACAGCUCCGAGAAAAAUUAUAGACAUGGACAUUGUAACUCCGGAGAAAGACCAAGAUCUUCCUCAACCUACCAAAGAUUCGAGGAAAACCAAGCAAUUGCUUCUUGAAUUGGAAGCGCUGUAUUCGCUUCUUUUGAAAGCUGAAGAUAUUAAAAAUCCAAUGUUUAUCAGUAACAUGGAAAAAUGGAGGGAGAUGAAACAAAAACAAAGGCUGAGAGAAUUGGAACAAGCUCCCACUCCAGAACAAAAACAAGAAGUACUACGUCUAUUCAAGCUGGAGAGUGAACCAGUUGAAGAACACCAGUACGACUAUAUUGUUAAAAUCGUCAAUGGAUGGCUUCAAGACGAAAAGUUCGCCAGUUUUCUCAACAUCCGAAAAGGAAAGAUACUCCUAUUACGACUAUUACCUCACUUGAAUUGUGACGCAUUUUCUACGCACCUGGUAGAAAUAUGGAGUAAAGUCCUUCUUAGUUUACCGAUAAUUGGACGUAGGGAUACUGCAGGUGACAAUAUUUUACCAAGAUUCUAUCCAUAUUUUAAAAGAUAUGUACAGAAUUGUACAUUCUCAGAUGUACUAGAUAUUGUUGCCGGGUUAGUUGAAGUGGUAAAACAGGAGAAUAGCAGAAGUACUCCUUUAAGUCAUGUUGGGAAAGCUCCAUUAUAUUUCGUAAUUCUUAACAAGUUUGGGGUUUCGGCCCUAGUGGUGCUGUUCAUGCGUUGCGAAUACUUGUUUUCGACUGACACCGUCACGGAGAGGCAACAAGCCGAUUGGUCGGCUUUCCUGGCGUCAUGGGCCAAACACACGGACACCGUGAGCAAAGUGGCGGUACCUAUAGAGGUUAUACCCUCGCAGGUAUUCGCCAAGCACGUCAACAGAUUCUCCGAUUUGACACUGGACAAAAAAUCGCUCCUGAAAAAAUACUUCGUAGAUAUACCCGUUGCGGAUUAAUUAUAUUGUUUGUUAUUUUUUUCGAUAAGAUGUUUUAACAUUGUAAACCGAGGGGCUUAAAUAAGCACGUAAACAAUUUCAUUUUACCGGAUGCUUUUUUGGACUAUUUCUUUUUAAAAUAUUCGUUUAUUUUUGUUAUUGCUUGUUAUGUAUGUUGAAACAACUGUCGAUUCGAUGUGUAUCGCCUUUAUUUUUUAUAGGAUGCCUUUAUUUUUAUCAUGUUCUUAAUGUUUUUCUUACCGGAUAAACUACAUUAUGAUGAUAUAUAUACGUAUGUAUGUUUUAGAUUUAUUUUAUCGUUUAUUGAAGCCUGCCCUAAUGUUAUAUUGAGUGAAAGAAAAUUAUAGCAAUACUUUGACGUAAUUGUUUCGAAUAAUAUUGCUUUCACCGUUGCUUUAUUUCAGAUUGGCACAACAAAAAAUCUAGUUUUUCUUUCAAGAAAAAAAUCUAUUUUCCAUUGCAUACUUUAAAUUACAGAAUAAAGGAGAUGUAGGAGUUGAGCCUUCUGAUCUCACCUUAUAUUUCUUAUAAUAUCUAAAAGGAUAUACAAUAUACAAAAUACUUUACGAUAAAAAAAACGGAGUCCCAAUGCUCUUUGAAAUGACAAUUAUUGAUAACUUCUAUCAGGCCUAUUACCCCUAGUGUAGUAAUUUAUUAAUGAGACAUAAAACUAUUUUCAAAAAAUAUAAUUUUGAAAACAGAAUUGUCUUGAAACGUUUUUCUUUUUUUUAAAUACUAAUUUUUGACGAAUUUUUAUGUAUAUUUUUAUUAAGAUAUAGGGAUCAGCCCGAGAAAAAUUAUUAAUUUCGAUUUUAAUUUCAAAAGCCACUGUGACGCCUUAUUUUCGAUAAUUUAUUUGUAAAAAAUAUCCUUACGCUCAUAAAAUAAUGUAUAUAUUAUUAGUAGUUUAGUAAAAUAUUAGAGUAUAGAUUAUUCUAUUGGAGUUAAAUAACUAAAUUUUUUAAACAAAGACUAUAUUACUUAGGAAAAUGAUGUCACAUUAGGUCAAGAAAAAAUAUGUCUACCUUAUUCUGUGAUUUAAUAUUAAUGACGUGCGAAAAAAUAAUGAAAAUUUUAUUUUACCCUGUUUUUUUACUGUACAAUUAUUUUAAAUGUAGAUAUUACUGAAAAUGUGAUUUAUCUUAAAAAAAUAAUUUUUUAAAAGUUGCCCUUUUCACACGUUAGGCGUUUUAUUAUUGAUUUUUAAACUUAAGGCUUUCUGACCUUAGCUGCGACGUGUGAAUCGGGCUUAAAAAACAAGCCCGACGCGUAAAAGUAUUUGUUUCUAGUAGCGCUGUUGGGCUCGCAAGAUGUUAUCACUUUAUGUAAUAAGAUUAUGUAAUUUUUUAUGUCAGAUAUCGAAAUAUGUUGGAAAGAUAUCGUUACUAAAUGCUUUUUUCAAAUAAUUAUUUAGUAAUUAUUAUUGUCAAGAUGGAUUAAUAAAAACUACGUUUAGAUUUUA